UCACCGCCCUAGGCCGUCAGGGCGCAAGCCGAACUACAACCUCAUCGAUCUCAUCUCACAGCCAGAGUGCUUCGACCAGCUGGUUUCUUCAUCCUUAUCUGAUACGGCGGCGGCGGCGGUGUAGCUAAGCUAGCAGGAUAGUUCCGUUUCAUUCUGCGGCGCCAGCUAGUCGGCGAACUUGCCUUGGUUCUUGGCCAUGGGCAACUACCUGUCGUGCACGCUGGCCAAGGCGCCCGGCGGCAGGUGCGCGAGAGUGAUACUGCCGGGCGGCGGCGUGCGGCAGGUGGCGCUCCCGGCGACGGCGGCCGAGCUGAUGAUGGAGGCGCCGGGCCACUUCCUCGCGGACGCGCGCGAGGCGCGGGCGGGGGCGCGGCUGUCCGCGCUGCCGGCCGACGAGGAGCUCGAGCUCGGCGGCGCGUACGCCACGUUCCCGAUGAAGCGGCUGGGCACGCCGCUGGCGGCGGCGGACAUGGCGCGCCUGGCGGCCGCGGCCACCAGGGAGGCGCGGCGGUCCGCGAAGGUGUCGAACGUCGUGGCGCCGCCGGCCGAGGCGGAUGCGGCCACGGAGAACGCGCCGAGGGUGCGGCUGGAGGAGAUGGUGGACGACGCGGCGGCCGCGGAGAUCGACGUGUUGAAGCAUCGGCUUAGCAAUGCGCGGUCAAAGAGGCCGACACUGGAGACCAUACAGGAGGAGAAUUACGUACCUUCGAGAGCCUAAAACGUGGCAAAUCUUUUUGAUAUGUGAUUCAAACAUACGUUUUUUUACAUUCAUUUUUGGAGCAUUCCGUUGAACUGAUGUUUGAAAUUAUAUGUAAUGGACAUGUAAGUAAAUUGUACAGCCCAUUUUUUUGGUGAAACAAUCAAGUAAAUACUAGGCCAGGCUUGUCAGUUGUUUA